AUGGCUUCCCAAGCAAACGAACUGUUCUCUGAAAUUGACAAACUUCGCAUCCAGUUGCUACAUAAUGCGGAACAGACAGUCCAACGAGCAGAUGAAGAACGAAGAAACAGUGAAAUUUUAGCCCUUAUUGAAAACAUCAUUCUGAAGAUUGUGACCAGUGUGUCACAAGAGGAGGCGCCUGCCCUGCAUCUGCCCAAAAGGUCCAGCUGGGACAAUGUCAGCUUUGACAGUAGUGUUGGACUUCAGAUGAAUUCAGAAACCACAUUCACGGUUGUUAGAAGUGACUCUCCGGCCUCCAUCACAAAAUUCGCACAGAUUGUUAAGAUCCUCACCGUGAUUUAUGAACUAAUUCUAAGCAACUCGUAUGCUACUAAGAGAGACAUCUACUACAAUGACACGCAGCUGUUCGGUUCCCAGGCAACCGUGGACCACAUUGUGGAUGAUAUCUCCUGCUUGCUAAAAGUUCCUCGGCGGUCCUUGCACGUGUUGGCCACUUCCAAAGGACUAAUCACAGGAGACCUCUGCUACUUGGAAGAAGAUGGAAGCAGAAUGGACUGUCGGGCUAGCAAUACCGCUAUUCCAAUUUCAUCCAACAUCAGUGGAAUAAAAAACAUCGUAUCAUCAGCCAGAUUUGUUCUGAUCGUGGAGAAAGACGCCACCUUCCAGAGACUGCUGGAUGACCACGUGUGCGCCAAACUCUCGCCGUGCAUCAUGAUAACGGGCAAAGGAGUCCCAGAUGUGAACAGCCGUCUGAUGGUGAGAAAGCUCUGGGACACGCUGCACAUCCCCAUCUUUGCUCUAGUGGACGCCGACCCGUACGGCAUCGAGAUCAUGUGCAUCUACAAGUAUGGAUCCAGGGCCAUGUCAUUUGAGGCUCGUAGUCUGACCGUCCCCAGCGUUAUGUGGCUAGGCCUCCUCCCCUCUGACCUAAAGAGGUUGCGGGUUCCUGAAAAUGCUCUCAUUCCUCUCACAAAGAAGGAUGACGCCAAGCUCAACAGUCUCCUCAAAAGGCCCUAUGUCCAAAACCAACCAGACUGGCUCAAAGAGAUUGAACUGAUGCAACAAACCAAGGUGAAAGCAGAGAUCCAGUCACUGGCGGCGAUUGCUCCAGACUUUCUCAUCAAUGUCUACCUGCCAAACAAGCUGCGAUACGGCGGCUGGGUCUAG